AGCCCCUAGGUUUGCCCCUCGCCCCCGUUGAGUCCACCUGUUCAAAGGCAACACAGAAGCUGUGCUUGGGCUUUGGGACACUGCGGGGCAGAGCAGGGGAGUUCUGCCCUAAAGCAAUGCCAGCCAGAUCCACCGGCGUCUGGGACUCUCGGGGACUGUCCCCCUUGCUGCCAUCCCCCCAAACCCUGUGGGGACAGGGCUGCCUCUACACCUCUGCCCCCUUCUCCGGCUUUGAAAACGAUUUCCACCUGGAGCACUCAGCAGCCUGUGCAAGCCCGGGCAGGCAGGACCUGCCAGGCUGCAGGGCUGCGAGCGGAGCUGGAAUGAGCCCCUCCGGCAGAGCUCCCAAAUGCCUGCGAACGACCCCUGCCGAGGCGUGGAGAAGUGUUUGCUGGAGGUCAGAGCUCGGAGCCGACGGGGAUAACCGCUGCAGCCAGCAAGGUGGAGGUCUUCAUGCCAGCGGUGGUGGAAGCAGAGGUGGAUGGCACAGCCAGAAUCGAGUGCAACUUCCACAUCCCUGACAAUGGCUCCUACGCCUACAUCAACUGGUUCUACAUCAACCAUGGCAACCGGGUGAGGCUGUACCACAUCACAGGCGAAGAGACCCUGGAAGACGACACAGGCUACAAAGGGAGGCUGUCGCUGGGGCAGGACAAGUCCCUCUCCAUCAGCAGGGUGACGAUGCAGGACGCCAAUAUCUUUGUGUGCCAGGUUGGGGCAGGCAGCUAUGGUGUGGAUGAGAAGCACACCAGGCUCUUCGUUUACAAGGUCCCUGAGGCCCCCGAGAUCACGGCCAGCUCAGCAGGCAUCUCUGUGCAGAACAGCGACAAGUCAAAGAUUGCCCAGUGCGUGAGCAGGAACGGCCACCCAGCCCCCAACAUCACCUGGUACAAGAACGGGGAGCAGCUGGAGGAGAACGGGGAGGUGAAGAUGACGUUGACGCGGACGCGGGAGGCCAGCGGGCUCUACACGGUGACCAGCAGCCUCCUCGCCCGCGUCACACGCCAGGACCGCCACUCGCGCUACCACUGCGCCGUGCACUACCGCCUGCGCGGGCAGCCGCGCACCCUGGAGUCGCGCCGGGUCAACAUCACCGUCUUCUACCCCGCGGAGCACGUCAAGCUGCAGGUGAUGCCAUCCUCCACGCUGGUGAAGGAAGGGGAUGAUGUGCAGCUGGUCUGUGAGGCUGAUGGCAACCCAGCACCCGUCUUCAGCUUCUUGAAGAGAGAGCUGGAGGAGUGGCAUGACGUGUCGACGCUGGCAGACAGUGGGGUGCUGAACCUGCACAACGUCAAUAAGAACAGCAGUGGCCUGUACAGAUGCCAGACGCUGGACCUGGAUGAUAUGGGAGUGCUAGAGGAGGAUGUGGAGCUUACUGUGAACUACAUUGAAGGGGUCCAUGUGAACAUGGAGCCAUCCUCAACCCUUCACGAAGGGGAUAGCGUGAAGCUGAGCUGCGAUGCCCACAGCCCUGUGAACCUGAACUACCACUGGAGGGAUGAGAAGGGCAAGAAGAUAGCGGAGGGGAACCAACUCUUCCUGAGCAACCUCACCUUUGAAACCUCCAGCAACUUCAUCUGCAAGGUGAUGGCACCAAGCGUGCCAGGGCUGGAGCAGAGCAAGCAAGUGGCUGUGGCUGUUCAGGGGAAGCCGCGGAUCGUGGCCGUUAGCUCCCCGCUGUACGUGCAGCAGGACGAGGUGGUGAACCUGACCUGCAAGGCCAUUGCUCACCCCAGGCCCUCUCUGCGCUGGAGCGUCAACGGGACGGCUCACGAGUACGUCGACAAGCAGCACAUCACCAGCAACCUGACGGUGCGGGUGAGCCACGACCUGCUGCGGGCGGGGGCCAGGUGCAGGGUGUCCAACACCUUGGGUGUCACCGAACAGCACAUCCAGCUGCUGGUGGAGUCCGUCAGAAAAGCUCAAAAGACAUCGGAGAGCAAAGGGGUGAUCAUCGUGGCCAUCAUCGUGGCCAUCCUCGUGGUGGCCGUGCUGGGCUCUGUCAUCUACUUCCUGCACAAGAAAGGCAAGAUCCCCUGUGGCCGAGCUGGGAAACAGGACAUCACAAAGCCAGAGGCCCGUAAAGACAAGAGUUUAGUUGACGUUAAGUCAGAUAAGCUGUCGGAAGAGGCGGGGCUCCUGCAGGGUGCCAACGGGGAGAAGAGACCUGCCGCUGACCAGAAUGAGAAAUACAUCGAUCUGAGGAACUAGAGAGGGAACCUACUAAGUGCUUUCUUCCUUCAAACCUUUCCUGCUCUUGGAUUGCCUUGUCCCAUCCCUGCUCCAGGACCUGGGGAGCACUGCCAGAGACAAUUACUGCAUCACAGUGCUGAGCCCCAGCAUGCAAGGGACACCCCUAACUCACCUGUCCGUUACCUCAACCGUGGGCUUGCAAGUUAUCAACUUAGCAGCAUCAAAGCUGAACUUGCUCCCUGCAGCAGAGAAGCCAACAGCAAUAUUGGAAAGAAAUAGUCCAUGAAGUUACCUGGUGGAAGGAUCUGAGUUCUUUUUCAGGAAGUUUCGCUCUGUUUGUGUGUGGGAAGGUUUUGAUGUGUUGUUUUUCACCCCCAAAAUGUCUUUGGAAUUGCUGAAAUGUUGCUUGUGGGAUGUGUGAGGCACCUUAGAUGUAGCAAUGUGCAGGUUAGAGGAGUGAAGGCUGGCAGUGGUGUGUGCUGGGGAGGUGCUGGUGCUUUGCUUUUCCUUUGUGGGAUUGUUCCUGGCUCCCUGGUUUAGCCCAGUGUGUCCUGGCUGUGCUGUGUGGGCAGGGAGCUCCACGGUGGGUGGCUGUGAUUUGUUCCUAGAUUCAUGGAGUGGGUUGGGUUGGAAGGAAUCUUAAAGAUUGUCCAGUUCCAACUCCCUGCCGUGGGCAAGGGACACCUCCCACCAGCCCAGGUUACUCAAGGCCUCAUCCAGCCUGGCCUUGAACACCUCCAGGGAAGAGGGCGUCCACAACCUCCCUGAGCAUCCUGUUCCAGUGUCUUACUGGAAAGGAAGUUUCUGGGAAGUGAGUGGCUGACAGAGCAAGGCCAAGGCUGCCUAACUCGGGCAGAUGCCAGACCAAGGGCUUAGGAUUCAUGGUUUGUGGCAUAGCCUUGGUGACAUGAGGGGAGAGCUGCUUUCUCCCCGCUCCCCAGGGAAUUGGGCUCCUUUCGGGGUGGGUGUUUGCAACAGUGGAUCCCAGCCCCUCCCCAGCCUGCUUGCUCCCAAAUUUAAAACAAAGGAAUGUUAGGCCAGAGUCAGUUGGUGGUGUCUCAGGGUUUAUUUUUUGUGCUGAACCCAGCCCCAGGUAUAAAUGGCUUAUUUUUGUGCUUUGGUGGCACCACUGGCCCCACAGCCAGGCUGGUGUUAGAGGAGCUGAGCGGGGGAGAGGGGCAAUGGGCAAGCAGCCUGCCUUUAGCUUCAGCUGCCAUGGGCUGUGCCAGCUCUCUGCCUGCAAGCAGGGCUCUCUUUCCUGCCUCCUCCUAGAGAGAUCAGACUCUCCUGCCUCUCAGUCACUUACUCAGUGCUAUGCUGUCCACAAGCCUGUUUUCCCCCAGCCCCUCGGCAAGGGGCUGAGGCUAACCCUAGGGGACAGGAGUUCCCUGGUGCACCCCCAGCAUCCUCUGCCAGGAGCAGGGGGGCUGAGCAGCAGCUGGUGGCCAGCAGCCCACCAAGCAGUGAGCUAUACUCAUGAGCUAUAAGUGUUGUUGAAGCAAGAGCUUUGGUUUAUAUAUAUUUUUGUUGAACUGUGUGUACAUUUCCAGAAGUUUUUGUCUUGAUACUUGCAGGUUUUUUUUAUAUAUGUGAAAAUAAAGUACCAAGUUCAGCUCUG